CAGAUACAGAGCAGGUUAAACAUAAGUACUGAAGACGGUGGAGAGAGAGGUGGACAGCAAAACUUCGAGAUUAAAGAUGGCUAUGGUCCUUCCUGCAUUAGCCCGAUUCUUUCAGUCAGAUUUGUCGGCCCUGAGGGACGAGCCUGGCUUCCGAGGCCUGGCCCCCUGGUAUCUCCUUCUAACGAUUCGCCUGGUGGCCUAUUUCGUUGCCAUGGGACCCUGGUCCUCUGUCAGCCCGGACUUGACUUGCAACUGGACCUUGGUGGAGGUGGAUGCUCGGCCUUUUUGCGGUGCGCUAUGCUUCAACUGGCAAUUCUCAGCCCCUAUUACCUCAGCAUGGGGAUUUUCUUUUUUGAUGGCCCUAAUCCCGUUGGGGCUUAUGAGGCUUAUCAUGACCAGAUCUGAUCACCAGAGGAAGGCCGCGGAUAUUAAGCUGACCGGUCCCAUCCAUGUAAGCCACAACUUGACUGCUAGCUUCAACACAUCUGAACACCCCAACCCUGCACUAGCAGUGUCGUUUCCCAAUAUGGCUUCCACCAGAGCUGAUGGGGUUCCAGUAGAGACUCCCAAGAUGUCUUCCCACUGCCCCUGGCGCUCGGUCACUUACAGCUUGUGCGUGGUCCUCCUCUUGGCAACAGAACUGUGCUUCCUCUGGGUGUUAAUUGCCUUGCAGGUUCCAGCAGUGUCUAAAACCACUUUCUUAUGCCGUCCAGGGGCACAGAACUGCCCUAAAGCUCUUGAAUGUGCUGUGGCUGGCCAAGCAGACAAGCAGACGGCAUUGUGGAUGUUGGCUGUCACAGCCCUUGUCAACGUGGCUGUAUGCCUGAUCUAUCUUCUCCUAAAGCUGCUGAAGUGUUCUACGGGCCGCUGAAGAUAACAGACCAAAAGAAAGAGAGAAAUUGGACUGUGAAAGUGGAGACAGGAGGAAAACAAUGACAAAAUUGUGAAUAGAGGGAGGGACUGUGGCUUACAGGUAGAGCAGUGCUUUAGAUCUUUGUAUGAGUGGUGGUCUGACUUAGCAUGUGUCCAAUUACAUUUUUAUUUCCUCCUUUCUUCAAGGAGCUCAGGGUGGCAUAUAUGUCCCCCUUCCAAUUUUAUCCUCACAACAAUUCUGUGAGGUAGAUUAGGCUAAGGGAUUGAAACCCUCAAGAGUUAUCCAAUGAGCUCCAUGGUAGACUUGGAUUUGACUCUGGGGUCUCCAUCCUCCUAGUCCACCACGGGAACCUCUCCACCACACUAAUUUACAGUAGAUAGUCUUGGCACACACAGAGAACCCAUGAAGACUUGAUCUAUACUGAAUUGUCAGUGGUUUGAAUUCAACAUAACUGGAAUAUUCUCGAAAGCCUGGGACCAGUUUUUUUAAAAGUAUUUUAAAAUGUUGUUUUCCAAGCUAUUUCUCCUAUUUUCUUUGUGUUAAGGUUUUGGAUUGAACUGCUAUGUUUUGUAAUUUUUUUGUCAA